AUAAAAAAAAAAUUUACAAAAAAAGUUCGAUUCUUUUGCUGAGUUUUCGACGAGACGACACCGAAACACAAAAAAUUAAAAGAAAAUAACACAACAGCAACAAAUACAACUCCAACAACAACAAAGACAUCAAAAGUGCUACAUAUAUAUACAAAAAAAUACAAAAAAAAAUAUAUGAAUGUGUAUUCUUCUUUUUUAAAUACAUUGGCCGUUGCCGCCACCGCCGCCGCCGUCGCGCUCUUUGCACGGAUAAUAUGAGUACGACGGUGUACAUCGAACGCACAUAAAUUUUGUAUUUCGAUAUAUUUUUUUUUUAAUUUUUGCCGCUGCUGUUUUUUUUUUCUCAUAAAAAAAAUCUUUUCGUGUGUCCGUCUUCGUAAUGUAUGAAUCGCGUUCAUGUGAAUAUUCCUGGUGGUAUCAUAACAUUCAGAGUCAGUUGUAUUACCAAGAACAGCCAAGAACAUCGGAUGAUGAAAAGAAAUCAUCAUUAAAAGAAAAACGAGACAAAAUCAUGAAUCAUAAGAGCGGAAUCUUGCCACAUGUAGUGAAAAGCCAAAGAAUAGCAAAUGAGUGAAUGAAUCCAGACAAUCUCCCACAGCACCCCCUUGAGACGAGACCGAAAAACGAAAGAUAAUCUCCAAAAUCCUCUCGAUUUGUUUUGAGCAAAAAAAAAAAACAAAACAACAAAAAUAGGCAUCGUAAAAAAAAAAUUGCUUUAAUUAGCAGAAAUCAUAAUCAAAAGAAAAACGCGCCGUCUUUGACGGUUUUAUUGCAGCCACUCUACGAACCAAACAAAAAAAAAAAAAAAUUGAAAAAAUGACGCUUUUGCUCGAACGAAAAAAAUGGCUAAAUUGCGAUAAAUUUCUAAGGAAAAUUCCAAAAAUGUAUGAACGUAAUCGGUAAAUGACCCAACACGAGAAACAGAAACCAAUGCGAAACAAGCGUCCCAGUGAAGUGAAAUGAAAUGAAUUUGGAAAAUGAAAAUUUACCUACAUUAGUGAGUUUAUGAAUCAAUUGCCCAGACUCACAAUCUCCUCCAUUGUCCCCGGGUGACAUAAGUGCAGUAGAGAUUGGUGGCAACGUAACCAGCACCCACGAAUUCUGUUUCCUUUAAUCCACCUCCUAAGAAUUCAAAGUAAAAGUGAAAUAAUGCUACCGAGAACCUUCCCAAGGAGGUGAUGAAAGGUUGCUAAAGGAGAAAACCAAAAACCAAGCUUACCUUUCUUCUGCCAGUGGAAUCCUUGCUGCACCUCCUGCAAAAACAAAAACAAACACAAAAAAAAAAAUACUAAACGGAUAGUUAUAAACAAAUCUCCUCCGAACAAAACCAAAAAGUGAAAAAUAUUCCUCUUUUAAAAGAAAAACAAAAAAAAAAAAUUGUCCGAAUCUUUUUUUGUAACAUAAUUUUUUUUUUUUUUGAGAAAAAAUCACACACUACGCUCCCAAAACCACACAGACUUUUGUUCAAUACGACAUCAAUUGCGGAAACGCCAUGAAUGCGCGAAUAUUGCGCAAAUGGAGUAUACAUACGAAAAAUCUAAUGUCUUGCUCAGCGUGUUCACUUGUGGUCGUUGUACUGCUGCUGCUGCUGCUACUUGUCACAUGUGCACCAUCCCUAGUAUUGGCAACAACAAUGAACCCUGCUCUAUAUACGCCGUCAUCAUCAUCGUCGUCGUCAUCAUCAUCAUCGUUGUCUUUGGUUGCACCACUAUUACCAUCAGCAGUAUCAUCAUCAUCGUCAUCGCCAUCACCAUCAGAGUCAGCUAUAACUUCAUCAUCGUCGUCGUCGUUAGUUGUAAAUCCCCAGCAUAUGCCAAAAAAUAUCCAAGUUCUAGUUGUCGGCCAGGAGCCACCACCAGCACCAGCAACAACACAAAUACGACGAACGCGGCGUCCAUCGACGACUACGAGGACGACAGCAACAGGCUCAUCAUCAUCGUCAGCCGCAGCAGCAGCAGCAACUUCAUUGGCACACCACCACCAGCAACAGCCAACAGAUUUGCCAGCAACAUUAUUGCCAAACCAGCGACAAAGUCACAGCAGACUGGCGUCGCCCAAUGUGGAAGUAGAGGCGUCGAAGGCUUCGGCUACCAAUGGCGACAUCUUGGCCAGAGAGUCAUUUCCGGGCUUUUACACAAAUCACCACAGAAAUCACCGGCCAGAUGACAAACAGUCAACUUUAGGGCCAUGGCUGGCGCCUUGGCGGCACCACCACCAAGCAGGCAUCCUGCGACAGCUCUCUUGGUUCUCCAGUCCAGGUUAUGAGUCCUCCUCCCCCCACAAGGAUGAUGGCAGCAGUAGUAGUAGUAGUAAUAAACCAAUAAAUGGUUGGUUCAAUCAACCUAGCACUUCCUCCACCUCCACCUCCACCUUCACCUCCUCUUCGUUCAACAAGCCCCCAAAGUCGUAUAACGAUGAUAAUGGGGCCAUUGAAGCGUAUGAUGCCCACGACCAUGAUGAUGGUGAUAAUACUAAAGAAGAUAUCUACGAUGAUAUGGAAGAUGAAGAUGACACACAAACGACUGAUAACAAUAAUCCCAGCGUCGCCAAUUCUCAUGACAAUUCUCAGCUUGAGGAGGAGGAUGAGGAAGAUGAGCAAUAUGUUGAUGUGGAGCUGGAGGCUGCGGCGGCGGCGGCGACGGCAGAGGAGCUACCACUAUACUCUAAGCCCAAAAAAAGUGUGAGAAAUGUUGUUGACACACCAGUGAUGACAGUGCCAGCUGGGGCCUCAAUGUCGGCGAGGAGCAAUACUUAUCCCUACCAGCAUUUCCAGCACAGACCACUACAGCAGUUCUAUAAUCCCAGAAGGCAUCACAUUGCACCAUCCAUGAACCCAGCGAUGACGACACAGACAACGCCGAGAACGUUGACAACAUUAUUUCCAUUUUAUAAACAAACCGAAAUUCUUGGCAGCGCCAGCAGCUCUCAUCCUAUCUACUCACCCAAAGACCAUAAAUCGAUGGCGAUGACAAUGGUUGAAGGAGGAGUAGGAGGGGGAGGAAAAGAUAAGGUUUUCGACAUCUCGAAUAUCUUGAAUGUAAACAAAAUUAAGUCAUCAGCCUCAACGGCGCCCAUACGAUUUAUCAUCGAGUCCUAUGAGGUGCCAAGGAUAAUGGGACGGCAACAAAAUGCUGCGUCUAAGCGGCGAAUAACAACUACAGUGCUGGAGGAGAGGAACGUGGAGGAGGAAGUGAAUAGAUCUCCUCCGAAGCCCCAUUUGAAGCAAUUGCGCUCUAGGCAGCAAGAACAGCAGCUGGCGGCUCGAAGUCGCCGAGAUUCUUUAAGAAAUAACUACAACAAAAGGUAUCAACCUGAGAUGGAAACAAGGCCAUCCUCCGGCCUCACCUCUAGCUCAGGCUCUGCCUCUGCAUCCGUCCUAACAACUCACACUCAAAGCUUUCGCAACAAGUUUCAGCAACAUCCUCAGCAGCAGCAGCAGCAGCAACAUCACAACCAUCAACACCAGCAUCAUAACCAUCAUCACAACAACAAGAAUUUGAGAUAUCAACGCAUGCGUCAAAAACAUCCGCGACGCUAUUGUUCCGCCCGCGAUCCUGCCCAAUUGGCCUUUGAGGCUCCCACAGUAUUUGAGGGUAAAAUUGUCUCUAUGACACCCGAUCGGCGCAUGAACUUUUCCGCCACCGUGGAGGUGCGCGAAGUGUUUAAGCAACAAAUCGGCUAUCGUUUGCAGAAAUAUCUACGCCUGCAAUUUGCCUAUCGCAAUAGCAGUGGCGAAUGCGACAUCUAUCGCGAACAGUUACGAGCGCGCGGCCUGGUCAAAGGUGACACCAUUGAACCGGGACGCAUGUAUCUGCUCUUUGUGCAACAAAUCGACAUUGGCAAUUUCACCAUACUUGGCGAACCGAUAAGGAAGACCAAGCGAGUGGUCGAUGCUGUCCGCGAUGCAGUGAGUGAAAACUAUGCACAGCUCGCUUCCAUAAGAUCAAUAUCAGCUAGCAAUCGAACGGUGGAAAAUGGCCAAGAGUUGCGCAUUGUGUGUAAAGUGACUGGAAGACCUCCACCCAAAGUGACAUGGUUCAAGGAUCAUCGAUCGAUAAAUCGGAAUCGUAAACUGUAUCAGUUUGCUCAUUAUAAGAAGAGAUCUGAACUUAUUAUACGUUCUUUCAAUACCUCUGAUGCGGGUCGUUAUGAGUGUCGAGCAAAAAACAAGGUCAAUCGGAAUAUAGAACGCAGAACCAUUGUCAUCAAGGCGCAUCCAGUACAACGCUUUGAUUCCAAUCCACGAGGUGCUGGCAACACCUGUCCCGAUGAUGUCUCUGAGUUUUGCCUAAAUGGUGGAACCUGCAAAUUCUUCUCAGAAAUCAAUUCCUAUUCGUGCAUAUGUCCUGAAGGCUUCGUUGGUGAAAGAUGCGAAGGCAAGGAAGUCAACAAUCCCAAUUUCAUGUUGCAAUCUACCGCCAAAUACACACCUUUUUAAAAAGUUGAACGUUUUCAUUUUAGUUUUUUAAUUUAUAAUUUAGUUUGUUCUGAUCUUUCUUUUGUCGUUUUGUAUUAUUAUUUAAAUUUUUUUCUUUUAUUUGUUUAUAUUGCGUGUAGUAUUUUUUUCUGUUUUUUUUUUCCCCAUUAUUUUUGGUAGUUGAUGAAAGACAAAACAAAAAGAGCUUAGAAAUCACACAUGAAUUAGAUGAGGAAUAGCGAAGCUGGAAUCAAUUUCACUGGGUGAAAUGAUUUACUUUUUGUAUUUGCCUACAUUGUUGUAAUCGAUUAAAUGAGUGAAGGUUUGGCUUGAAUAUAUUCCAAAUAUCUAAGGAGUAUAAUGGAGCAGGGACUUAAGAUAGCACCAUGUAUAUUGAACAAAAAUUGUUUUUUUUUUUUUUUGAAAUAUUAUCACCAUAUGCACCAAACAAAGCAUAAGAAGAGGUUUUGUUUUUAGAAAAGUAAGUGAAGUUUUAAUUCUGGGGAUUUAUCUUGAGAAAAAUUAAAGUAGUUAAAAAAUUUUAAGGUUACCCCCAAAUCGAAUCUAAAAUCAUCAAAAAAAAAAAAAAAGUUUUAAAACCAGUAAGGAAAGGCAAAAGUCGGGCGGAGCCGACUAUAUAAUACCCUACACCGCACACAUGUUAAGAUCAGUAACAAAACAAUCAGUGUCAAAUUUUGUGCAGAUCAGUUGAAAAUUGUAGCUACUAUGGCCAUUUAAGUGCAAAUCGGGCGAUACAUAUGAAUGGGAGCUAUAUCCAAAUCUGAACCGAUUUUGAUGAAAUUUUACAGAUAUGUUAAGAUCGAUAACAAAACAAUCCACGCUCAAUUUUGUGCGGAUCGGUUGAAAAUUGUAGCUACUAUGGCCAUUUAAGGGCAAAUCGGGCGAUACAUAUAUAUGGGAGCUAUAUCUAAACUCAACCGAUUUUGAUUAAAUUUUGCAAAUAUGUCAAAAUCAGUAACAAAACAAUCCAUGCCUAAUUUUGUCCAGAUCGUUUGAAUAUUAUAGCUACGAUGGCCAUUUGAGUGAAAAUCGGGUGAUACAUAUAUAUGGGAGCUAUAUCUAAAUCUGAACCGAUAUUGAUGAAAUCUUGCACACAUGUUAAAAUCAGUAAAAAAAAACAAUCCUUGCCCAAUUUUGUGCAAAUCGGUUGAAAAUUGUAGCUACUAUGGCCAUUUAAGGGCAAAUCGGGCGAUACAUAUAUAUGGGAGCUAUAUCUAAAACUGAACCGAUUUUGAUGAAAUUUUGCAAAUAUGUCAAAAUCAGUAACAAAACAAUCCAUGUCCAAUUUUGUGCAGAUCGGUUGAAAAUUGUAGCAACUAUGGCCAUUUAUGUGCAAAUCGGGCGAUACAUAUAUAUGGGAGCUAUAUCUAAAUCUGAACCGAUUUUGAUGAAAUUUUGCAGAUAUGUCAAAAUCUGUAACAAAACAAUCCACGUUCAAUUUUGUGCAGAUUGGUUGAAAAUUAUAGCUACUUGGGCCAUUUAAGUGCAAAUCGGGCGAUACAUAUAUAUGGGAGCUAUAUCUAAAUCUGAACCGAUUUCUAUCAAAAUCAAUAGCUUUCGUCCUUGUGCCAAAAAAGUGAUAUGUUCAAAAUUUCGUGAUGAUUGGACAACAUAUACGACCUGCACUUUGAUUACAAGAAUACACGGACUCAUAGACUGACAGACGGGCAUGGCUAAAUUGAAUCAGAAAGUGAUUCUGAGACGAUCGGUAUACUUAUUAAUGGGUCUAGCUCUUCUCCUUCUUAGCGUUGCAAACAAAUACACAAACCUAUAAUACCCUGUACCACAGUGGUGGUGUAGAGUAUAAAAAUUGAAUUUCGAUUUAAACAAGUAAGAGCGUGCUAAGUUCGGCCGGGCCGAAUCUUAUAUACCCUCCACCAUGGAUCGCAUUUGUCGAGUUCUAUGCGCGGUAUCUCUUUUUAGGCAAACAUAGAACAUUGAAUAAGAACUGUUAUGCUAUUGGAGUUAUAUCAAGUUAUAGUCCGAUUCGGACGACAUAUGAAUGUUGAACAAUGUAGAAGACAUUGUGUAAAAUUUCAGUUCAUUCGAAUAAGAAUUGCGCUUUGUAGGGGCUCAAGAAACAAAAUCGGGUGAUAGGUUUCUAUGGGAGUUGUAUCAAGCUAUUGAUCGCUUCAGACCAUAUUAGACACGUAUGUUGAAGGUGAUGAGAGAAGCCGUUGUACUAAAUUUCUGGCAAAUCGGAUGAGAAUUGCGCUCUCUAGAGGCUUGUCCCCAUAAAAGGCACAUUUAUUAUCCGAUUUUGCUGAGAUUUGGCACAGCGAGUUGUGUUAGACCCUUCGAAAUCCUUCCUCAGUUUGGCACAGAUCGGUCCUGAUUUGGAUAUAGCUGCCAUAUACACCGAUCCGCCGAUUUAGGGUCUUAGGCCCCUAAAAGACACAUUUAUUAUCCGAUUUUGCUGAAAUUUGGGGCAGCGAGUUGUGUUAGGCCCUUCGACAUCCUUCUUCAAUUUCGCUCAGAUCGGUCCAGAUUUGAAUAUAGCUAAGGGUUUGGGCCCAUGAAAGGCGCAUUUAUUGCCCGAUGUCGCCGAAAUUUGGGACAGUUAGUUGUAUUAGGCCUUUCAACAUCCUUUGUUUAGCUUGGCCCAGAUCGGUACAGAUUUGGAUAUAACUGCCAUAUAGACCGAUCUCUCGAUUUAAGGUUUUGGGCCUAUAAAAAGGCGCAUUUAUUGCCCGAUUUUGCUGAAAUUCGGGACAUUGAGUUGUGUUAGGCCCUUCGACAUCCUUCUUCAAUUUCACUCAGAUCGGUCCAGAUUUGAAUAUAGCUGCCAUAUUGACCGAUCUCUCGAUUUAAGGUUUUGGGACCAUAAAAGGCUCAUUUAUUAUUCGAUUUUGCUGAAAUAUGGGACAGUAAGUUGUGUUAGGCCCUUCGACAUCCUUCUUCAAUUUGGGCCAGAUCGGUCCAGAUUUGGAUAUAGCUGCCAUAUACACCGAUCCGCUGAUUUAGGGUCUUAGGCCCAUAGAAGCCACAUUUAUUAUCCGAUUUUGCUGAGAUUUGGCACAGCAAGUUGUGUUAGACCCUUCGACAUCCUACUUCAAUUUGACUCAGAUCGGUCCAGAUUUGAAUAUUGCUGCCAUAUAGACCGAUCUCUCGAUUUAAGGUUAUAGGCCCAUAAAAGGGGCAUUUAUUGUCCGAUGUCGCCGAAAUUUGGGACAGUGAGUUGUGUUAGAUUUUUCGACGUUUUUCUGGAACUUGGCCUUAAUCGGUCCACAUUUGGAUAUAGCUGCUAUAUAGACCGAUCUCUCGAUUUAAGGUUAUGGGCCCUUAAAAGUCGUAUUUAUUGACCAAUGUCGCCGAAAUUUGGAACAGUGAUUUAAGUUAAGACCCUGGACAUUCUUCUGCAAUAUGACUUUGAUCGGUCCAGAUUUGGAUAUAGCUGCCAUUGAGACCGAUCUCUCGAUUUAAGCUCUUGCGCCCAUAAAAGGUGCAUUUAUUAUCCGAUUUAGCCGAAAUUUGGGAAAAUGAGUUGUGCUAGGCCCUUCGACAUCCUACUUCAAUUUGGUCUACAUCUGCCAUAUAGACCCAUCUCUCGAUUUAAAGUUUUUGGGGGGUAUCCAAAGUUCGGCCCGGCCGAACUUAACGCCUUUUAACUUGUUAACAUCUAUAAUAUGAUAAAUCAUUAUUAUUCUAUAGGGGAAAUCUCUUAUGAUGUUAUGUUUUGUUUGGAUUAGUCAUAGAAAACCUUUCAACACAGCACUUUAGGUUAUCGUUAAGCAAUAGUUGGGGAUGUUAUAAAAUUGCACAAAGUAUUUUUUGUAUUUAAUCAGGCUCUAGUGGUACUAUUGUUGUUGUGUCGCCGAUGUUGUAAUAGUAGCAAUAGCAAAAAAAAAAAAAAACAACUAAAAGCACCAACUAUUCUCAGAUGUGGAAGAAAAAGAAAAGAAAAAAACUUAAAAUUGCCGUUUUUGUUUUUGGUCCUUAAAAAUGUCCUUUAAAUUAAAGGAUCUCAAAAGGCAGCUUAGGCAUGGUAAACAUACAUUGCCUAGCACACACACACACACACAGAUAAACACAUCGGUAUUUAUCCUCCGUUGCAAAUAUAAUCAAUCCAAAUCUUCAGAGAUGUAAACGCAGAAAAACGUGUUUUUUGUUAGUAUUAAAAAAAAAUUUUUUUUGAAGAAAAAUAUUAAGAUGUUAAUGUUAUUAUUAUUUGUAAAUUUAAUGAAAUAAUCUAAUAUUAUUUUAUAUAUAAAACUAAUGUUUGGUGUUUCCUCUUAUAAUUAUUAUUAUUAUUUUUUUUUUUUUUUUUUUUGAAAAUGUAUAUUGAAUUCGAUUUUAGCUUAAAAUUUUUUUAAAGAAAAAAUAAUAUAUAUGUAUGAUAGCCACAUAUAUAAGAGUUAGUUUAUAUGUAUUUAAUUAAAAAAAAAUCCAAUACUCCAUAUGCACUACAAACAAGCAAAACAAACAACCGAUAAUAAUGACACAAUUUCUAUAUAAUAUAUAUAUAUAUAUAUAUAUAUAAAAAUGAAAUAAAAAUCUAUAAAAAAUUAAGCCUAUACGAGUUAUAUUUACUUACCAUAUUUAUAUAAUUAUAUAUAUAUAAAAAAAUAAUAAAUAAAAACCAUAAUCAAAUGAAUGAGUUAAACAUAAAAAUGUUAGUUAUGCAUAAGACAAGAAAAUGCACAAUUUAUACCAAAAAUGUAAUUAUAAUUAUUUAGUUAACAUUUAAAUUGUAAAUUAAAAAAAAAACUAAAGAAAACAAACAAUAAACCCAUUAAAGAAAAUAUUCAAAACCAACAGCUUGAAGGUGUUUAAGCAAAAACAAAUAAAACAAAACAAAAGAAAAACGCUACCAAUAAAUUAUACAAAAACUAAAACUCCCCAAGUAACAAAAACCAUUAAAACAGGAAAACAAGCCGUAGAAGAUAUAAAAUCUCUCUUUCCUUAUAAGCUAAAGGAUAUUCUCUAAUUAGUAUUUAUUUAAUAUUAUUAUUAUGAGUUUUUUAGUUGUUAGGUUUUAACAUUAUUAUUAUAUAUAUUUUUAUUAUUAUUAUUUUUUUUUUUUUUUUGAAACUGUACCACUUAACUUUUGUUAAUAUUUGUACGUGUAUUGUAUUUUCAUUUUUGAAAUCAAUGUUUAAAACACCAACCACAAUCCCAUUGCAGAAAUGCACCACACUCCCACUCACACACACACACACUCAGACCCACGCCUAGACUCAUUCACUUGCCUGCUUUCAUUUUGUUUCCUUGAUCCCUGACCCCUUUCAUAAGCAACGGCACAACCCCGAAACACCCACACCUCGACACCCCACUCACACGUAUGUAUUUUUUUUGUAGCCUUUAAGAAAAUGUAAAUUAUUCGAUAAUUUUUUUUAACAAUAUUUUUAUAUAAAAAUUUUACAUGGAAUUUAAGUGAUGUCAUGUCAUAUUUAUUACAAUUAUGUCCAAAUGAGAAAACAUAAUAAUAAACAAAAAACAACAACAAGAACAGAAACAAAAAUUAAUUGUGUUAAAGAGAAAAACAACAACAAUACAAAUAAAUGAAAUAAAAAUUAAAUAUAACCGAAAAAAAAAACACAUAAAAUGAGAGGAUGCAAACAAUUUGUGUCGCCCAGUUCUUUUUACGAAA